AAAAAGAAAGAAAUCAAAUUCGAAAAAACAUUUUAGCUUCUUUCUCUCUCUCUUUGUAAUUCUUCAGCUUUGUGAAAAAACUGUUGCCAGAAAUGGGUGUGCCGGAGACAGACCUACUUUCUCAGCUCAGCUUGCCGCCGGGAUUUCGGUUCUAUCCGACGGAUGAGGAGCUUUUGGUGCAAUAUCUGUGUAGAAAAGUAGCUGGGCACCAUUUCAAUUUGCAAAUUAUUGCUGAGAUUGAUUUGUACAAGUUUGAUCCAUGGGUUUUACCAAGCAAAGCAAUAUUUGGUGAAAAAGAAUGGUACUUUUUCAGUCCUAGGGACAGAAAGUAUCCAAACGGUUCAAGGCCAAACAGAGUUGCAGGCUCUGGGUAUUGGAAGGCCACUGGAACCGACAAGGUGAUCACAACGGAAGGUCGUAAGGUUGGGAUCAAAAAAGCUCUGGUUUUCUAUGUCGGAAAAGCCCCCAAAGGAACCAAAACUAAUUGGAUCAUGCACGAGUACCGCCUCUUAGAACACUCGCGAAAGAACGGAAGCUCUAAGUUGGAUGAUUGGGUUUUGUGUCGGAUUUAUAAGAAGCACUCGAGCUCUCAGAAGCCCACAACAAGCGUUUCGAGCAUAGAACACAGUAAUGAUUCGUCGUCCUCGUCCCACUUAGACGAUGUGUUGGAGUCGCUGCCGGAGAUUGAAGACCGAUUCUUCACUUUGCCACGCACGAAUUCUCUUAGACCCCAGCAACAGGACGACAAGCUCAACUUUCAGAAUCUGGGUUCCGGGAGUUUCGACUGGGCGAGUCUUGUAAGCCUCAACUCGGUGCCUGAACUCGGUGAUCUGGAAAAUCAACCUCAGGCUCAGACUCAGGGACUUGUGAACUAUGCCAGUAAUGACAUGUAUGUCCCUUCUAUUCCGCCGCUUUGCCACGUGGAAUCGCCGCCGGAGAAGUUCCGGAAUUUGAUGGAUGAGGAGGUUCAGAGUGGUCCCAAAACUCAGCGGAUCGAUAACGCGGGGUUCUUCCGACAGAACUCGAACCUGUUGACGCAGAGUUUUUCUAACUCGCUUGACCCGUACGGGUUUAGGUACCCGAAUCAGCCGGGUGGGUUCGGGUUUAGGCAGUGAAAAAGUUCGAAGAAAAAAAGAAACCCAAAAAAAAAAAAAAAAAAAAAAAAAAAAGUAGUAAGAAAAAAAGAGAAAGGGAGUAGUAGUGCAUUGCUUUGAAAACAGUUGGAUUGCAGCCAAUUUCUGUAUAUAUUUCUGGGAUUCUUUGGGCUAACAUUUUGGCUUUAGAUUCCAAAAGUGCGAGUUUGGAACCUUUACUGUUUUGGUUGUAACGCCAAUGGGGCAAUGAAAAUUUGCCACAUUUUUGCUGGGGUAGGAGCAUAGAGGGUCAGAUCCAAAUGUACAAAAGGGAAACAGGAAUCUUUGUACAAUUUAAUCCAGAUUAAUUAGAAUAUGAUUUCCAUCA